GUUCUGGAAUUACGAGCGACCUUCCAUGGAGCUCAGUCGGUCUACUACUGCGUACUCCGUCGGACUCGAAAGGAGAGGAGUUCCUUGCGACGCAAUAAUUACGCGAUCGGGCAUAGCGGCAUUAUAGCCCCCCCGGGACGAUAGCACCGCCCUUGACUAAGCCGUCAUCAGCUGGAGAUGGAAACACUAGACUUUGUUAUUUGGGGGCAGAAAGCGUCCGUAUCAGGCCAUUCGUCUUUUCUCUCCUUCCCUCUUCGUAGUAGCCAGUCGCUAGUCUAUCGGAGUACCCUGGUAGAACCACCCCGUCCCCGUCACCCAAAUUCCCAUGGUUCCUCGCCAAAUCCUGGUCGCCAACAGCCACAUGGAGGGGAAUCGCCAAUAACGGGCGCCCGUGUCACCAACCGUGCAGAACGCCGUCCGACCUUCUUUUUUUGACUUUCCAGCUGGCUAUAUUUAAACAAUGAUGGUCGAUGCGAUGGAUGAAUUGGAUUGAAUGGAAUGCAGU